AUCCAGAUAACACGAAGGUAAAGUGACCGGGAGAGUACUUCUGGGGAGAGUACUUCUGAGCUCGCAGAGAUGUAAAACGUGGCCACGCCGGAGGUGACGAGUACGAUUUCUGCGCGCAGGACGGAAGCGUUGGGGCUGUGUAAACUGAUCCCUCUAAGGUGUUUGUUAGGGGCCCAUUGCAACAUGACCUUUUUUGCAUUCCUUAGAUUACUACUAGGUUUUCCUUGUCGGGUCAUUCAUGUGUGACCUGUUUCCCAUGGGUCGACCGAUGAACUCAACAGCAUACCGGUACCGUUCCUACCCGAAUAAUAAAUGAGCCAUAUGGAGUAACCGGAUAUCUGGGUUGGCAAAACAACUAUUGCCUUGAUUUUACCUGAAUGAACCGGUCCUGGAGCUGGCCACAUUUCCAUAUGUAACCAGCGGCACACUAUCAGCUUCCGAGUCAUGGUCGAAGAACCCUGCUCACUCUGCACCAACCUUUCACAAAAAGGCAACCAAGCUCAUGACUAUUAUUGUCUGUCUCCCUUUGUCACCGAACCAGAUGGAUCUGGCAGUGGAGCAAAAGUCCAGAGAAUUGGACGCGAAAACUACUAGUACUGCUGAAGUUGAGUUGAGGAUGGCGCAGCGCUUACCCCUCCCUGCCCGUGCCAGCUUUCACAUAUUGUGGUCAACAGAUUCUAAACGAUGGCACCGGAAAGGGGACUCAAACGCCCAUGGAAUGAAGAAUCAAAUGUGCACAAUCUGCCUUCCAAGAUACUUCGAACUGAUGUCGACUCGGAGCUUGAAACUCGCCAAGUAAUACGUUGGAUGCACUCGCGCAGCUCGUGGAUAAGAAAUGUCGGAUGGUUAAACAAGGUCCAGGAAGGGGAUGAAAAGACCGAGCUAGAACAAGAGCUUAGGAACGAACUGCUAUCGUCAAUAAUCGAAGAGGGGGAGGAAAUUUCGGCCGCGCUGCAACAGCUCGCACUCGAGAUCGUGAGGGCAGUUCAACGAGACCCAGCAGUCCUCGCCACCGAAUUGGGCAAGUUCUAUGAUACAAUUCGUCCUCCCAAAGUUGCGGAUGCUAGGAAAGAGUCCAUGAUGCGUGUGGUUUCGGCCAGAGCCCAAGCAGAGGCCACGAUCAAGUCAUGGACCUCUGACUAUGAAGGAGAUGCCGUGCGUCGCUUUCAAAGUCACCUCAGGACUGCCGCUUUCAUGGGCGCAGCCGCAUCGAAUCUCUACGCGAAAAGUUUUGUGGUGGCUAAUUCUUCUGGCAUGGGCAAGACCCGUAUGAUUGACGAAUCAUCGAAAACUCUGUUUACCAUUCUGUUUGUGCUCAGCGAUGCCAGCGGUGGCUUCCCUCCUGCAGACAACGAUGUGCUGACGUACUUCUUGUUUCCGAGGAAGCUGAAGGACUGCCACACCGCCAUAAUGUGCUUUCUCCAGAUACUCUUCGACGAAUUGGCCGAGGUACUAAGGCAUGGACAAGAACGAUUGGGGACAGCAAAACAUGCCGAAUUGGCAAACUGGUUUCGGGGAUACAUGGCGACCUGGACUCAUAUCAGUGAACCGAGCCCAACACGGGUGGAGUUCUUCAGACGUGUGGUGAAGAAAUCAGAACUGGCGACGGAACUCGCACUGAAAGAAGAGGGUUCUACGUGGAAAACACAGGGUAAUCAGUCGCCUCGCCUGUCAACCAGAGACAACACUUGCAAGUCUGAUAUGAUAGCUUCAUUCCAAAACCUCUCAGACUUAUUGAAUCAUGGUCAUGAUGACUCUCUACCAACUGUAUUGCUCGCAUUUGAUGAAGCUCACACACUGUUGAGAACAGUUGCAAAUGACGAUGGGGAGAUUGAUUCCGUCUACUCAGUAUUGCGCCGAGUAUUGCGCUAUCUGAACGAGAACUCUUUCCUGGCAUGUUUCCUCUCAACAUCUGCCAGCGUCACACAAUUCGACUCUCCGAUGCGGUUCGAUCCAUCAACCCGAAUGCAGUCAGGGAAGUAUCACACCUUUCCGGCAUUCACCAGAUUUCCCUUCAACAUGGCACGGGUACAACCAGAUGAGAUGGAUUUGACCGUGGUGGGCAAAGAUGACUUCAUGUGCAAGCAGUCGAGAAUAUUGUUUCGCAAACGGGCUGAGUACGGCGUCGGUAAUGACGUGGGCGACAGCUUGGUAGAUUUUGCGAGGGAGAAGCUGCUCGGCAGCUCGGCUGCCUCGGGUUUCGAUGAUGAGCAAAAGCUGGCGAUUUUAUCACGACGGAUUCCCAUCGAUAUUCGCACGAACACAGGUGCAGCCCUCACGUCGAUAAAUCGGCAGAUUGCUCGGCACAUGCGUGUGCUUUACAGAAUAACAAACAAGAACGAAACACUCAUAACCGGAUCUCCGGGCGAGCCAAUCAUCUCUGAGGGCGCCAAGGGUGCAAUGGCCACUUUUAAUGUAGCAGAUGCCCUCAAAGGGAUUUUGCGCUCUCCCGGAAUCGGCGUGGGUGAACGGGGGGAGAUGGUGGCCGAGCUCCUUCUUGUUCUCGCCAGUGAUGCUUCCACUCGCGAAGGCAAAUUUUCGAUACCUGCCUUCUUCGAGAGCCUGCUCACUCCUAUCUCGUGGAAGGAGCUCAAGGAGUCUAGAGCAUCACGUGGUCGAUUGUUCCAUAUCAAGAGCUUCCAGCAGACAUUCGAGAACUCAUACGGUAACUUUAAUCACAUCAUCAAGAUUCGCGGGAGCGUCCCGGGCCCGAAGUCAUGGUAUCGAUACCUUACGAGACGCGCCGGCAUUUCUACGCAGUUCGGGCAAUACGGUAUAGAUGCUGCAUUUCCCUGCACUAUCAAUGGAACCGAGAUCGCGCGGGACAACACCAGCUCAAUGUUGAUUCAAGUUAAGGCUGUCGCUAGUAUGCAAAGUCCCCAGGAACUGGUUUUCGAGAAGAUGGAUAGAAUUGUGGCCGAAAUGCAGGAUGAGGAUGACACCAAGUCGAGCUCUCAAGGGAAAGGAAAACGUCAAGAGGAAGGCGAACCCGAACCCGAACUGAAACUCAUACCUGUUAUACGAGUGGUCCUCUCACUGAAAUCCAACGAAGCGCAGGUGACGGUGAUGGAAUACGAGGACUACGACAAUGAAAUGCUGACAUGGGACAUCUAUGUGCCUUUCUUGGCACUGAAAGCUGUUCAGCAGAAUCCGGACGUGUGGCGGUCUGCAUUGCACAUGGAGUUAGAUGCGGGGACGGUGUACGAGGAUGAUGCCAUUCUCAAAGGGAUGGAUCCCGGGGCCGAGGAAAGCGACGAGUUUUGGCCAAAUUGGGACCCAAUGGAAGGGUAA